GCACGCUACCUUCAUCCUGCCUCCCGAGACUGCGCUUGCUGGAAUGUGAUGCUCCCCAUGCAUGUGUGCUUGUCCGAGACCGUCCUGUCGACCGGAUCAUCCUCAACGUGGAUUGGUACCGUAGAGAGAGUCUACGCUUUCUUCUAACCGAGCUCCAGAUGUCGACAGGCCCGCUGCAAACGGUGCAAUUCAAAAUGUACACCAUGAAUUCAGCGACUUUAUCCGUGAUAAGUGCCGCUCUUCCGAACAUCACACAUCUGUGUCUCGACAUAGUGUCUUUCUCAUUCCAACCGGACGAAGUGCAACACCCCAUGUCUGCGCUUGAGGGAAUUCGAGGAUUUCGUCAACUUCAAACAUUUCGCCUGAAAUGGCAGUAUGGGUGUCCUUUGGAGGCCCCCGCAAUUACAACGCUUGUUGCCCGACUUCCCCAUGCCUGCUCGAGUCUGCGCAUGGUUACUGUGCAUUAAGACAGCGUACAAUACGCCGAUGGAGGCUGUCUUUCC